AUGGCUACUUUCGAUAUCAUCACCGCGGAGUCUUUCGCCGAAGAGAGUCUUCAAGGUGAGGGCAGGAAGAGACAGAGAUACAGGGAAGCAGUCUCCUGCUCGGAAUGUCGUCAGAAGAAGGUCAAGUGUGAUCGAAGUCUUCCGUGCAAUCAGUGCAAAAUCCGCAAGGUCCAGUCCAAGUGUACCUUCACCCAGACAAAAUCUCUACGUUCACCUCAAAGUAGAGCAUCCGCCCGCAAUCCUGAGAAACGACAAUCGGCUGCGUUUCAGCCCCAUGCCCAGAACCCGCAGAAAGAUUUCCAAGAAGACUUUGGUCGUCAUGAAAAUCAGCUGCCCGGCUUCAGUCCUAGAAGUACAAACUAUCUCGCGGUACCAUCUGGCAAGGACUGGACGCCCGAGACAAGUAUGAACGAGCUGAGUGAUGGUUACGCGGGCCACCAGUCAGCUCAGCAGCUGCAGCUACAGCCUCAGAGUUCCUCAUGGCCAAUGCUCACACCACCCAGAAUUGAGCAUUCUCAGCCCAUCGAUACCAAUGGUCUUGACACUGCCGUCAACAGUCGUCAAUUUGAUCUGUCCAUGAAUUCUGAUAUACAUUUCUCUCGGGUCCCUCGACAAAACGAGUUUUUCAACGGUACCAACGACACAGAUACCCCGAGUGGCCAGCUUCCUACUACUCACUUUCCGCACAGCUUUCCAAUCAGCACAAUGCAGCAAAACACCUUGGACGCGAGCAUUGUGCCGCCAACUUUCAGUGCUGCAGGGACCAUGCACAUGCCACAGCCAACCACAUUGAUAACCAACCAAUUGUUGACGAACUGGGUGGAUGACGAGGGUACAACGAAUGCCUUGCCGUGGAAUUUCGACUUCAAUUGGAACUCAUGA